AUGUCUAAGUUGUGGGCUAGAAGUGUUAUUUGCAGUCGAGACUUGUGGCUGAGAGCUUGUUCUGGCAGAGAGAACCUAGAAGGACUGCGACAGCACGUUGAAUUUGCACACGCCAACAACUCUCUUAUUGAUAUUCAGAUUGGCCAUGCCGGUCGAAAGGCGUCCUGUGUUGCUCCUUGGUUAGAGGCUGGACUUGCCGCUGAAAAGGCCGCCGGCGGAUGGCCUGAUGACGUUGUGGGCCCUAGUGCUGAGCCUUUUGCUCCAGGGUAUCCUACACCCCGUGCUAUUGCUAUCAAAGAGAUUGAGCAGCUCAAGGAGGAUUUCGUUUCCGGAGUGCGUCGAGCGGUUGAGGCCGGCUUUGACGUUAUCGACUUCCAUUUUGCUCAUGGCUAUCUCGUGUCAAGCUUCCUGUCCUCUACUACCAACAAGCGGACCGACAAGUACGGCGGAAGCUUUGAGAACAGAGUCAGACUUGCUCUCGAAAUAGUCGAGGCAGCCAGAGCCGUUAUGCCCCAGUAUAUGCCCUUGUUAGCUCGUAUCAGUGCUACUGACUGGCUGGACAAUAACCCCGAGUACGAGGGAGAGAACUGGAAUGUCGAGCAGAGCAUCAAGCUUGCGCACCUUUUGGCAGAGCGAGGAGUUGAUGUUCUUGAUGUUUCCAGCGGUGGUAUCCACAAGAUGCAAAAGGUUGCUGCUGGUCCCGGUUACCAGGCUCCAUUUGCCAAAGCGGUAAAGAGGUCUGUUGGAGACAAGCUACUUGUCAGCACUGGCGGCAAGGACGACACCCCUUUAGAUCUGGUAGCUGCAGCACGUCUGUUUCAGAAGAACACCGGACUUGUUUGGUCGUGGGCUGACGAUCUGAAUACCUCCAUCCAGGUUGCUCACCAGAUAGCUUGGGGUUUUGGUGGUAGGGCUAAGAAAAAUGCCCCUAAGCCUGUUUUAUAA